GCGAGGAAGAGCGCGCGAGCGCGCUCAUAUGAAUACGUCAUUACACUCCAAACAGUUGUUUUUAACCUAAAUUUGCUGUUUUUGUAAACAUAAAGAUAACUGUUUAAGUUAGGUAACAAUUAUAUUGUUAUUUUCUAUCUUUUGAACUAAUUUAUCAAGUUUUACAGUAUUUUUUUUUAUUAAUUCGUUUUAUUGUUGUGUUUAUGUUAGAAAACGUAACCUUAAUGCGCCUACUUUGUCUCCAGAAAUUAGAUAGCAGUUAAGCUAAGCGGCACUGUUGAGCGCGCGGGAGAAGCUAAAGGGGGGGAAAAAGUCGAAUCCGCGACACAUUUUGUCGGCAGCCACCAAGCAACGGGUCCCUUCGGCAGUAGAAUAGCCAAUGUAAUUUGACACUUCAACUUACUGCGCUCUCUCCUAGUCUAUUCAGUUACUCACCCGCUGACGCUGAAGCCAUUCUCAGUGAGAGGGGGGACGGUAUUUGGGACCGACUAUUACCGAGGACUUUCUCCGCUUGCUUACCCGAGGCAGAAGACGUGAAUUCCUGGAGUGUUUCCCCUCCUGGCGUGUGAAUGGGUGGGGGGGUCCUUCGAGGUGGGAAAUCAAGGCUCGAAGACAAAACAGGACUCUCCGGUUUAAUGGCUGGCAGGUAGAGGCCAGAGAGAGACAAUCAACAUGAACUCGAUUCCUUCAAUGGACAGACACAUACAGCAGACCAAUGACCGUUUGCAGUGUAUCAAACAGCACUUACAAAACCCGGCAAACUUUCAAACGGCAGCAACCGAGCUGCUGGACUGGUGCGGGGAUCCUCGAGCCUUUCAGCGCCCGUUUGAGCAAAGCCUAAUGGGAUGCCUAACGGUGGUCAGCCGAGUAGCAGCACAGCAGGGCUUCGAUCUGGACCUUGGCUACCGGCUCCUGGCUGUUUGCGCUGCCAACAGGGACAAGUUCACUCCAAAAUCAGCAGCCCUCCUGUCCUCGUGGUGUGAGGAGCUGGGACGCCUCCUCCUCCUGCGUCACCAGAAGAACAGGCAGAACGAGCCUCCAGGAAAAGUGCCCAUGCAGCCCCCUAUGAGCUCCAUGAAGCCUGGCCUUUCACACGGGGAUGGCUCAUUUCCCUACGACUCCGUUCCCUGGCAACAAAACACCAAUCAGCCCCCGGGAUCUGUGUCUGUGGUGACCACUGUCUGGGGUGUGACCAACACUUCACAGAGCCAGGUGCUGGGGAAUCCCAUGGCCAACAGCAACAACCCCAUGAACCCUGGUGGUAACCCAAUGGGAUCGGGCAUGUCUGGGAACAACCCGGGUCUGAACUCCCCUCAGUUUCCUGGUCCGCAGCAGCAGUUUCCCAGCAAGGGCAGCUCAAACCAGAGCUACAUGCAGCAGGGCAUGUACGGUCGACCCAACUACCCUGGAGGGGGCGGAGGCUUCGGUGGCAACUACCCUGGAGGGCCGAAUGCUGGGCCCGGGGGCAUGGGCAUCCCUCCACACACUCGUCCUCCGUCAGAUUUCACCCAGCCUGCCGCUGCUGCUGCAGCUGCUGCAGUUGCGGCUGCUGCGGCCACCGCAACUGCCACUGCAACAGCAACGGUUGCUGCGCUGCAGGAAACCCAAAACAAGGACAUGAACCAAUAUGGACCGAUGAGUUCCUCUUUCCAAAUGGGACCGAACCAACCGUACAACAGCCAGUUCAUGAACCAGCCAGGACCCCGCGGCCCUCCAUCCCUCCCUGGAAACAUGGGUGCAGGAAUGAAUGCAUCCAACAUGAGCGGUCCCCCGAUGGGGAUGAAUCAACCCAGGGGUCAAGGCAUGGGACCUUUUGGGGCCCAUGGCCAGAGAAUGCCCCAGCAGGGCUUUGCAGGACCGAGGCCUCAGGGCAUGCCCAUGCAGGGCAUGAAAAGGCCGUACCCUGGAGAGCCAAACUACGGUGGGCAGCAGUAUGGACCAAACAACCAGUUCCCCACCCAGCAGGGGCAGUACCCCACUCCUAAUGCGUCCAGAGCGCUGGCGUCCCCAAACUAUGCUGGACAGAGGAUGCCCGGGCAGCAGAUGCAGGGCCAGUACCCACCAGGCGGUCACAUAAGCCAGUACUAUAAGCAGGAGCCACCUUUCAACGGCCAAACGAAUAACUUUUCUGGAAGUGGAUAUCAGUACAGCCAGGGAAAUAUCAACGGGCCUCCAAGACCGGUGGGCAACUACCCCCACUCCCCAGUGCCGGGGAACCCCACCCCUCCAAUGACACCAGGGAGUAACAUCCCGUCAUACCUGUCGCCAAACCAGGACGUAAAACCCCCCUUUCCCCCGGACAUCAAACCAAAUAUCACAGCUCUUCCUCCUCCUCCUCCAGCCAGCCACAACGAGGAGCUGCGCUUGACGUUCCCAGUUCGGGAUGGAGUGGUCUUAGAGCCCUUCCGACUGGAGCAUAACUUAGCUGUCAGCAACCACGUCUUCCACUUACGGCCUUCUGUGCACCAAACACUCAUGUGGAGAUCGGACUUGGAGCUGCAGUUCAAGUGCUACCACCACGAGGACCGUCAGAUGAACACCAACUGGCCAGCAUCGGUCCAAGUCAGCGUCAACGCCACGCCACUCACCAUCGAGCGCGGCGACAACAAGACUUCCCACAAACCCUUGCACUUGAAACACGUCUGCCAACCGGGAAGGAACACAAUUCAGAUCACAGUUACUGCCUGCUGCUGUUCGCACUUGUUUGUGCUGCAGCUGGUCCACAGGCCUUCUGUGCGCUCCGUCCUGCAGGGCCUCCUGAAGAAGCGGCUACUGCCUGCAGAGCACUGUAUCACCAAAGUUAAGAGGAACUUCAGUAGCGUAGCGGCAUCGUCGGGCAGCGCCACGCUCAACGGAGAGGACGGCGUAGAACAGACGGCCAUCAAGGUUUCGCUCAAAUGUCCGAUCACCUUCAGACGAAUACAGCUGCCUGCAAGAGGUCACGACUGCAAGCACGUUCAGUGCUUUGAUUUGGAAUCAUAUUUACAACUGAACUGUGAGCGAGGGACAUGGCGAUGUCCUGUAUGCAAUAAAACGGCGUUACUAGAAGGACUUGAGGUGGACCAGUACAUGUGGGGAAUCCUGAACGCCAUUCAAAAUUCUGAGUUCGAGGAGGUCACGAUCGACCCAACAUGUAGUUGGCGACCGGUUGCAGUAAAGUCUGAAAUCCACAUCAAAGAGGAUCCAGACGGACCGCUGUCCAAGAGGUUUAAGACCAUGAGUCCUAGUCAGAUGAUCAUGCCCAAUGUGAUGGAGAUGAUCGCUCAGCUGGGCCCCGGCCCGUCGCCGUACCCAUCUAUGCCGUCAGGACAGGGAGGCAACAACAGUGAAUACAACAGCCAAGGCAACAGUUACCAAGGACACGGGAACUUUGACUUCCCCCACGGCGCCCCGGGUGGUACGUCAAUGACUGACUUCAUGCACGGCCCCCAGCUGUCCCACCCACCAGACAUGCCCAACAGCCUCAUGACGCAAGACAAGCCACUGUCCCAUAACAUGCCCGACUCAAUACCUCAUUCUGCUGGCCCUGACCAGUCCCACAACCCCUUGCAGCAGAGCUUACAUGGCUCCACCCAGCAGCAGCAGCAGCUUCACCACAGCGGACCUCCUCAGCCGUCGCGGCAAGUUCUGCCCCCUCAACAACCACCGCAGCAGCACCAGCCGCAGCAGCCGGGCCCCACCAACCACCCCCACAACGAGCUCGCCUUCAACACCCCCAGCAACUUGGACACGCAGGCGGGGUCCGACAUGCCCGAGCCGUCGAUAGACCUACUUCCUGAACUGGCAAACCCAGAUGAACUGUUGUCGUACCUGGACCCCCCGGACCUCCCCAGCAAUAGCAACGACGACCUCCUAUCGCUCUUUGAAAACAACUGAGGCGUUUCGGACACAUGGACUUUUCCGAACGCCCCACAGCUUCCCUAAGACACAAUGGGGGUCACUCAGUACUUGAUAAACGCAAAGAUGCACUCCCUUUCUCUUCUUCCUCUUGUACAGUUUCCCUCCGUCAGCGCAGAUUGACUGAACUGAACAGACUUACCCCCUCCGCCCUGCAGUGGCCCCUUUGACUGUGCAGCUAUAAUCAUUUGAUUUUUGUUUGAGUUUUUUUUACACCACACAAGAUUUUGUGCUUGUUAGAAACACGUUGUAGCAUUUUAUAUCCACCCUAUUUUUUCUUUUUGAGAAAAAAGGAACCCAAUGUUAAAAAAAAGAAAAAUAACAAAAAAAAAGCUGCGCUAUCUGGCCAGUGUGUUUGUUUUUUCCUGGUGUCACAACUCCCACUUUCUGACUGAUCUGGUUAGUAGCACUGUUUGUCCACCACACAUUAUUUAAGAGCACAAGAGAUUCUGGCAAUGCAAAAAAAACAUAUUUUAAAGUUCAAUCUUUCCAAAAAAAAAAGGAACAUUUUCUAGGUUUUUUUUUGCAGUUUUGCCAACAUUUUUUGGCAAUUUUUUAGAAAUUUCCUUUCACUUUGUAAACAUCUUUUAUUCUACCGGAGCUUGACGGUUGAUACAGGAUAGAUUUUUAGCCCCAGUACAAAAACAAAAAAGAAUUUAUAUGCAUAUCUGUUCCAUAAACGUUUUAUUUGUGUUCUCCUGUACAGAGGAGGAGUUUUUAAUGAAAAAAAAAACUUAGUGGUACAUGAUUGCUUCCCUCACCAAGUCCUUCCAGCUGUCCUGCUGAGCAUGAGCCCCGGCAUCAGCUUGUUUGUUGCAUCUCUUCCCUGUUUGAACGCAAUUUUGUUGUCUUCUAAAGUGCAUGUGUGCCAAGCCCUUGUCUAGUGCUGUUCUAAGUCAUAAAAACAACAACAACAACAAAAAAGUGGUUUUGAUCAGUUUCCACAAAUACUACAUUUCAUUUAACACUACAAUCGAAGGGAUGCUUCAUUUCAGCAGUGCAAUAAUCAUGUAUCUGCUGUUUUUUUUUUUUUUUUUGUUUGUUUUGUUGUUGCUGCAUUAUGAAAUUUUCCCACAAUUCUUUUGGGCUCACCAAAGCUGUAGAGGGGGCUAACUUUUCUGUCAUGGGGGGGGUGAUGGUGGCACGCCGUUGAUCCAUCACUGCUUGUUCAAGAAGUGAUUUUCAAAGCAGUAUUGGUGUUUGUUUGUUUGUUUUGUUGCUGCGUCUGUUUUUAAUUUCACCCUUUUUUUUGUUUUCGAGAUCAGUGCUGUUCGGUAUGCAAAUGUAUUAUUUUUUAAGAAAUGCUAUUGUAAUGUAAAUAUCCUUGUGAAUAUUUUUGUAUCAUCUCGAUAAAUGUUUGUGCUUUUAUCAUUAGUCGUCCAAGCUAACCCGAAUUCACCCUGAGGAAGUGACUUCAAGUGUUUUUCCUUUUUUUGUGUGUGUGUGUCUCACACCUGUCCUUGCAUCACUGCAGUCCUCAGAUAUUAAGCAAUAUUUUUCUCCCCCAUCAUGUUUUAACGUGGAUCAGCUGAUUGGAAGCAGCAGCUGACCUCCACUGUUGUGUGAAUAUCCUACUUUUUGUGGUAUUUUAAAAAAAUAUAUCACAACCAUAUUUUAAAGAAAUUCCUGAUAUUGUUUAUAUUUUUGUUAUAGAAAAUGUGGCUUUUCUUAAAAAAAAAGCAUGAGACCAUAUACAUUUUUAUCCCUCUUUUUUUUCCUUUAAUAAAUUAUUUUUUACUCUUUUUGUUAUUAAUCUGUAAGGCUAGAAAUCCAAUUUCUUUCAUCUUGUUGCAUUUUGCUGAAUCAACCACCUUAUUUUUAGGCUAAAAGUUCCAGCGUGUGCAAACACGUUUCAUAUCUUUGCUUCAGUUUCAAUUUGAAUCUUUUAAUCAAUCCGGUCCUUUCACAGCUUGUUCUGACCUGCAAGCGAGCGAAUUUGGUUUCACUGUAAUUCUAAUUAGCCAUUUUUCUAGAAAAAGAAACAUAAAGAGCACGGUCAUCGUUCUGGCCUGGAGAGGUGGGGAAAGGUGGCAGGGCUAGUCAAACUUCCCAAGGAUGCCUGUAAAUAUGUAAAUGAACAUGUGAACAGAAAUGUAUUCAUUUUCCUGGGAAUGUGCAUUGUUUCUUCAGNAAAAAAAAAAAAAAAAAAAAAAACGCUUGUAACCCCUCUCCUUGAAGUGGCUGAACAUGGACAAUGAAAUAUGUUAGUUAGUGUCUGUGGGUGUCUCUCUCAGCAUCUUCCUCCACCACCUGUAAUAUAUUUUUUUAUUUUCUUUUUUUUUCAUUUUCUUGGAAAAACUGGGACAACUUUUGUUUUACAUUUUACUAAUUAGCCAAAUUGUUCUCUUCACACCGGCAAACUCCGAGGUGCUAAACCCUCAAAAGAAAACAUUUCAAAUGGUUACAAAAGAAAAAAAACACUCUGAAGUGAUGAGGAUUGCUGGUGGAAAGGACAGGUCCAGAAGAUUGUAACCAAAUCUCAAGUUUGUACAAUUUUUUGAUAUCAUGAACAGCAGAAAAAAAGAUAAUAUAAGGUGAUUCAUGCAAAUGUGGCUAUUGUCUCUAUGUUUGUACAUUGUAUGUACAAUCAUUUCACACUCGAAACUGGUCAGAAAAUAAAGAAACUAAUUGUGAUUUUUAGUCUUGCAGAACUGUAUGUAGUUAGAUGAUGUGACAACCUAAUAUUUAUCUAAUAAAUAUGUAUUCAGAUGAAACCUGCA